AUACAAGAAAAACAUAAUGAAACAAUAUCUAUUCAAAUUGACGACGAGUUGCCAUUGCCAUUGCCAGCUUAACACCCAACAGGCGACAAGCGGGCUGUGCUAGCAGUAGUGUUAUUUCGCUCGCACAACAAUCAAUCGAUAAACUUAACAGUGGCCUGCCAACUUGACGCAUUCAAUGUGAGAGCUGCUCACUUAACGAGUAGCAGUCAGAGUCACAGUUGCAGCGCAAACGUUGAAACGUUCACAACGAAACACGGUUGGAGUGCCAUUCAACACGCAAUGCGUGUGUGUGAGUCCAGUGAGAAUGUGAAAUGUGGAAAUGUAAAAUACUACAAGUAAAUGUACAUAAAUAAAUAUAUUGACAAGGAAUUAAUGUGUGAAACGAAUGGCAAAGCCACAACGCGUAAGCUUUUGAGCCGCUGAUAAUCUAAUAUACUUGUGCUUGAUGACAAAUGCAGCAACAACUGAGAGACAAUUAAUACGGAAACCGGAAAAACGUUAAAAACAUUGUGCAUACGCCGUGUGGGCCACCACGAGCAAAGUCAUAAAUGAAUGCUUUUAAUUGCAAAAGAAUGACAUUUGCCCGCAGAAAUACGAAACAAACAAAAUGAAAAUCGUUUGCAAGAACAAUAAUAACGCAAGCAACAAUAAACACAAAAAACAAACAGCUGCAGCCGAAGCAGCAUCCACAGUGAAAAUUGUGAAAAUCGCGAAAAUUGAGCGAACAACAAAAUGCUGCUGAUGCCAACAUCAUGUGGCCCGGGGCCACCAGUGGACGAUGGCGACGCUGCUGUUGACCUUAGCUUAACCCCACACGAACGAUGUGCACGUAUCCCGACCCGCUCCCCCUCCCCCUCUCUCUCCCAUUCCCCCUCUCAAACCCAAUCCCAGUUGCAGUUCCAGAAGCACAACCCAACCAGUCCAACCACGGGCAUUCCCAGAUGGCUUCUAAUGCUCCUCGUGCUCUUUGUCAUUGUGGCCCAAACGCCGCAGCGUCAAGUGGCCGCCGAGAAAAGCAAACACUAUUAUAUGCAAUCGCUGUGCAAGAAUCACUUUCUGCAGCAACUUUAUCGCAAAAUUGACGGAGCUGUACUUUGGUCACAAAACGAACGCAAUCUGGACUGUGUUAUCACCUUUCAGACACAGACGAUUCUGCAGCGCUUCAUGCUACGCUUUGAUAUGCUCCAACUAGACUGCAAUGAUCAUCUGCUGGUCUACGAUGGAGCGCAUGCAGUAUCAACGCCCAAGAUUGACAUCUCCUGUCGCAAUACGAAGAGCACGGUGAACGCGAUAUUGACACGAACGAAUUUCGUGACGCUCAAGUACGUGACCGAUGGCUGGGGAACAGAUGCGAACGGUUUCAAGUUGGUGAUAACAUCGGUGAAGGACCCAAAGCACACGUGCAAGGAUUUCACAUGCGCCACACGCGAGUUCUGCAUCAGUCCCGAUCUGCUCUGCGAUGGCGUCAACCACUGUGGCGACAACUCCGACGAGUCUGUGCAGAAUCUUUGCCAGAAUGAGACAACAAGCACUGUGUUUGGCGUGGACAUGACUUGGUUCGUGCUAAUCGUAGUCGGAGUCUUGCUCGUGCUUAGCGCCCUCAUUGUGGCCAUUGCGAUCUGUGUCUGCCGUCGUCAGGAUGAGAACACUGCCAAUCAGAACACAGCCCUGCAAAUGCAUCACAAUGCGGAUACGAAUGGAUCGUCGAAGCAUCUGCACUUCCAUGGCAUGGGAGUGGGCAUGGGAGGCACGCUAACGAGAGAGCAUACACAACUGCCGCCAGGUUCGGGAAACUGGCAUCACCCUGCGGGACCAUCCGGGUACCACCGCAUUCCACACAAUUACUUGAAGAUGGCCACCAAAGUCCGUCCCAUUUGGUGCUUGGCAAAUUCCGUCAAUUAGGUCAAGAUCUUUCACAAAACUCCGCCGGACUCAGUCAGACGAACAUCGCCGUUGCAGCUGGCAAUCAUCCGAAUGCCAAUGCCGCCAAUGUCGCUGCUGCCCAAAAGGACGAAUGGUUUGUUUAAUUACCAAAUCACUCGAUUCUUUUAAGCAACAAAACAACUGACUUCGGUUCCGGGUUAACUAACACUGGAUCAAUGUGAAAGAACGAAAGCAACAAACAAAACAACCAACUAAAUAAUUGACUUGAGCACAAUAAUCUGCACUUAAUUAAGUGAUUUCAUGGAUAUUUGCAGAGCAUUAAAUGAAGACUGUUUGACUAUAUUUAACAACAAAUAAUGUGGACAUCACCGCGCAGGGUGUAUAUUUAAGAGAUCUACUCGUACCCAGGAAGAAUCUCGAACGCGUUGGGCGAAAUGUGCCGUAAGAACGCACAAUUUUGUCGGAUAACCAAUGCACUUGUAUAUAGAUUAUAAAUAAAUAUUAUAAAAAAAUAAAACAAAAUUAAUUUAAUUAAUUAAUUAAUUGAAAUGAAAUGAAAAAAAAAAUAGCUAAACCCCGAUUAUUGAUACUGAAAUAAACCAAACCCCAAACAAAAGAAAUAUUGCAAAUACAAAUACAAAAGAAAGAUAAUGAUUUUAGAUUAUAGGACAAAAGAAAUGAAGGGUCAAAGUCUUACAAUAAGAGCCUCCAAAGCUACACAAAGGAUCCUUGCAAUUAAUUCAGUUAUAAUUAUUAUUAUAUAGUACUUAUAUAUGGUAAUUGUUAGCACUUUUUUUCGCGCGUAGUAUUCAAUUUGUUUAUGGGAAAUUCUAAACCGAACCGUGAGUAAGCAUCAGAAAUGGACAAAUACUAAAAUAAUCGAUGGCAUUUAAAUGGAUUUUUUGGAACAGUGACACAACGACACAGAAACCGCAAAAAGUAUUAAAGCUCAAUAUGCAAAAUGAUUAAAUGAUAACCAAUUAACUGAUAACCGAUAAAAACAAAAUGAUAAAAUACCAUUAGGAUACAAACAAAAAUACAAAUUCUAAAGAUGAGUGUUGAUUUUGGAUGAAAAUUUGAUCGAAUUCUAAAUAAAUGAAAUAAUAAUACUAUAAUGCGAGUUAUCAUAAAAUGGACACAAGAACAAGAACAACAUAAACAAGGGAUGUAAAUAAGUAGUAGACAAUAUUGAAACAAAAGUAAACAAAAUAUCGAACUACAAGGAACACAUUCUCAUACACUUCAUUGUCAUUGACCAUAGCUUUGAAAACUUAAGAUUUCAAGAGUCAGCAAUCCUAUCAGAGCCCUCAUCAGAUUUCACGAUUCUCGACACUCACAUUCGAAAUAAAAACAAAUCAACGGAUCAACAGCCAAUGCUAAAUGACAAAUUUCUGAGACAUUAAAGGACAAUACGAAACACACACAUUUUUGCUCUUUUUGACAACCAAAAUAACAACAACACCAACAACAAAUAAACAAACAAAAGACACAAAAUGCAUUUUUGAAAGUAAAUACAAAUUAUUGGGAAAUGGGAAAGUAGUCCGCAUACAUUUUUCUACAAUCAAGAACCGAAAUAAAAGUCUAAGAUUUUGCUACAAGUCGAAUGAAUACGAUUUAACUUACACUGUGUAUUAACUAAAGGAAAACUAAACUGCUUCAAGAACGAUUGUAGUACUUCCCGCCGUUAAUAUUUUUUAACUAAAAAAAAACUAAACAAAACGAGAGAAAUAUUUAAAAUCAAAUUCAAUACCUAAUAAAUACGAUUAAUAAUAAUAAUAAUUAACAACUAACAACGCUGCUUACGAUUCGUCUUUCAAACAACUUCCAUUAGACAGUUGAAUACAUUUAUGUUCGUAAAUAAAACUAAGGCAUACAGAGAAAAAAUAUUAAUAUUAAUAUAAACAAGCAACUAAAAUAUUUCCGUUCAUUUCAAAGUUUCUUUAAAUUAAAUUAAAAAUAGCAUUAAAUUAAUAAUACUCAAUAUGUCUAGGCGUUUGUAAAGAUGAAAAGCAACAACAAGAAACUAGCUGCAAUAAAUAAAUAAAUACAUACAUAUGUUCCAACAACAAACUGCUCUUUAAAUAAAUGCCAGAAACUAACCAUACUGAAAUGAUAUAUUAUUAAAUUUGCUUUUAAUCCUAAUAUUUUGAAAGAUUUUGGCUUGUUUCCUACUUACAAAAUUUUGGCAUAAACCAUAUAAAGUAAUAUGAAAAAGAAAUCCAUACCAAUAUUUAUCGUAAAUUAUAGAAUGGUAAUAUGGCAAAAAAGAAUUUUUAACCAAAAUUAUAAGCAAAAACCAAAAAAAGAGCAUUGUAUUAGGCGUCAAAUUUUAGAAACAAAAUGAAAAUAAGAACUCGAAAAUAUCUCAAAAAAGCAACAAAUACUUAAAGUAAUAAAUAAUUAAUCUCAAUUAUUUAAAAAGUGAAAAAACAUAACAUAAAAUUGUUUCAAAUGCCGAAACUAAUUUAUGCAUUACAGGAAUAUUUAAAUAACGAAAAGAAAAAGGAAUAAACAAAGGAGAUAUUUGUAACGAUCGUGUCGUAUAUGAAUGUAGUUAAAAUAUACAAACUAAAAAAAAAAACAAAAGGAAA